GAGCACCACCGUGGAGGCCACUGGCUGCUCGGCCGCAGCUCGCCCGCACGCCGCCUCGGGGCGCCACCGCGAGGCUCCAGCGCACGGAUCUGUGGUUUCCAUCUCGUCGGAGGACCUGAGCGGUACCAAGCUUCACACAUGACUUAAUAAGGAAACGCCAGUGCAGAAGAGGACACAGCAUGACUACUAACCUAUGACUCCUAACAGUAUGACAGAAAAUGGCCUUCCAGCCUGGGACAAACAGAAGCCCCGUCCAGAGCGAGGACAGGACUGGAAGCUCGUAGGAAUGUCCGAAGCCUGCCUGCACAGGAAGAGCCAUGUGGAGAGGCGCGGUGCACUGAAGGAUGAGCAAGCAUCCCCACACCUCAUCCAGGCCACUUGGACGAGUUCUAUAUUCCAUCUGGAUCCUGACGAUGUGAACGAUCAGAGCGUCUCAAGUGCCCAGACCUUCCAGACCGAAGAGAAGAAAUGUAAAGGGUAUAUCCCCAGCUAUUUAGACAAGGAUGAGCUGUGUGUAGUGUGUGGGGACAAAGCCACGGGGUACCACUACCGCUGCAUCACCUGUGAAGGCUGCAAGGGUUUCUUUAGAAGAACCAUUCAGAAAAGUCUCCAUCCAUCUUAUUCCUGUAAAUAUGAAGGAAAAUGCGUCAUAGACAAAGUCACUCGCAACCAGUGCCAGGAAUGUCGCUUUAAGAAAUGCAUCUAUGUUGGCAUGGCAACAGACUUGGUACUGGAUGACAGCAAGCGGCUAGCCAAGCGGAAGCUGAUAGAGGAGAACCGUGAGAAGAGGCGCCGGGAAGAGCUGCAGAAAUCGAUUGGGCACAAACCGGAGCCCACGGAUGAGGAGUGGGAGCUCAUAAAGACGGUCACCGAGGCCCAUGUGGCCACCAAUGCCCAGGGCAGCCACUGGAAGCAGAAGCGGAAAUUUCUGCCAGAAGACAUUGGACAAGCACCCAUCGUGAACGCCCCAGAAGGUGGCAAGGUUGACCUGGAGGCCUUCAGCCAUUUUACAAAAAUCAUCACACCAGCAAUCACCAGAGUGGUGGAUUUUGCCAAAAAGUUGCCCAUGUUUUGUGAGCUGCCCUGUGAAGACCAGAUCAUCCUCCUCAAAGGCUGCUGCAUGGAGAUCAUGUCCCUUCGAGCUGCUGUGCGCUACGACCCAGAGAGCGAGACUCUAACCUUGAAUGGGGAAAUGGCAGUGACGCGGGGCCAGCUUAAAAAUGGGGGUCUUGGGGUGGUGUCGGACGCCAUCUUUGACCUGGGCAUGUCUCUGUCCUCUUUCAACCUGGAUGACACGGAAGUUGCCCUGCUUCAGGCCGUCCUGCUGAUGUCUUCAGAUCGCCCAGGGCUGGCCUGUGUUGAGAGAAUUGAGAAAUACCAAGACAGUUUCCUGUUGGCCUUUGAACACUAUAUCAAUUACCGAAAGCACCACGUGACACACUUUUGGCCCAAACUCCUGAUGAAGGUGACAGACCUGCGGAUGAUCGGAGCCUGCCACGCCAGCCGCUUCCUCCACAUGAAGGUGGAGUGCCCCACGGAGCUCUUCCCCCCUCUGUUCUUGGAAGUAUUCGAGGACUAAGUGGACUGGGCAGGUUCUCGUCAUUCCUGCAGCGCUACUGGAUGUCGUUUCAUUCCACCUCUGGCUCUUUGUUGUUGUUUUCUUGUUGCUUUGUGUCUGUCGAGUGGGGUCAUCCGGAGUCAGUGGGUCACCUAGGCGGAGUCGGGGAGGAAACUGUCUCUUGAAUGUGGGUCUUUGUAACUGUCGCAUUUGUUCUCCAGUCCUUAGUGUGAAUGCUUUGAAGGGUUUACACCAGUGCAGGGUGAGUGGGGGACACUCAUUAUCUCACCAGCACCAGCCAUCACCAGCUCCCAUCUGUCCCUGGUCGGAGACUCAAGCAAGUCAAGCGGCACUGCAGAAAACUAAAGAAGCCUUAAAGCCACGACCGCAGUCAUCCUGAUCCAGUUCUGAUGUGCGCAGGGCGAAGCUGGCAGAGCCCAGGCCCCCUCGGGUUGGGUGUGGCUUUCAGAGUGUAAGGGUUAGAAGCAGAUUCUACCCAGGAGCUCACCGUUUCCAGCACCCUGACUCUCCAAGCAGCAUGACUUGGAAUGUGCAGGAAUAGCCACACCAUAACCAGUCAGCUUUCCUUCCCGUGGCCUUUUGUAACCUGGUGAUUUACUUCAAGUUGGACAGAGUAUGACUUGAAGACUUGGCUGGUUUGAGGCCACAAGGAGAGUCUUUUUCUCAGCAUGCCCGUAGAGCUGGGAAAUCUCCAUCAAUGUUACAAGCAUAGUUUCCAAAAUGCAAGUGGUAUUACCUCGAGCAGGAAAGCGUCUCCACAACUUAUAUAGAUUCACAAGCCAUUUCCACAAAGCUCAAGCCUGUUUACAGAGUGCAGUGUCUCUUUGGUGGCUCUGAACCAGUCCUUUCCCCAGCUCAUAGAGGUUUUUAUCCAGGUUGUCCUUUGGGCUGACGUCACUUCCUGAUGCAUUAGAACUUCUGAUCGGGAAGAGACACAUGUGUUGAAAUUCCAGUCUUGUUUGGAAAAAUCCCUGGGCAAGAUCAGUGCAGGAAUAUUCUGUGGUACUAAACAGCUUGACUCUCUCUAAACACUAAUUCUUCUAUAGCUUAAACAUUAUUACACUGGCAAACAGUCCUCAUAAAACAACAGCAGACCAUGCAUAAGAACCCAGUUACCUUUGCUGCCCAGCCUACCCCCAAUGACCAGCCUACAGUAGACGUUCCUGAGAAACAAGUAGUAACAACUUACUGCAAACGGGCAAAGAAUGUACCCAUGCCACUGAAUGUACCCCAUUCUUCACUGACACAGCAGUUUGAACUACUCCUUUGCCUGCCUGUCACUGCCUUAUCCUGGAAAUACCGGGGGAAACAAGCCAUAUCAGCAAGACUUACCUAAAAACAAAGGAAAGGAAGUCACUGUGAAGAGUGAGGACACACACUUGCGUUCAUUAGACUUUGGAGCACACUUGGCCUCCCUGGAAGUCAGGGCACCUGAGUUCUAGUUUGUGCUUGGCCGCCUGGUCAGUUUAGAACCUCACAGUCUCAGUUUUCUAACUGGGUAAAUAAGUCAAUCUAAAAUCCCUCUUAUUUUCUCUGUUUAUGACCUUCCAGUAAAGGGGUGGGGAGUGUCCUUGAAAGAUUCCUUUCAUAUUCAAAUGUGUUGCUUUUAUCAGACAAAAGGCAAGGCCCAUUCACAACUGAAAAAUGUAUCUGGCUUUUAUUCAAAAUAAGAGUUUGACUCAGAAGAAGGCAGAAUGGCCUUGGGAGAGGAGAGGCGCAGUGCUCAACUCAGUCUCCAGAGCCUGUGGAAAUAGUCUAUGGGGAAGGCACACCUAUGUGCUAAAGACCGACUUCCCAGGUAAAGAAAAUGAGAACGCUCUGUGGACUUGGUGUAGACAUUAAAAUAGAAGCAAGAAGCGCCAUAGAUUCAUGUUUAAACAUCCGUUGAGGGUUUGCUUUCCCAGGCAGCCUGUAGCCGGCCUCCUCCCUCACAAACUUCACUAACAUCUGUUCUCUCCGUCAACUCUCCUGGAGGACCUCUAUCCAGACAAUAAAAACAAGCUUGCUGUGAGGCAAGUUCUCCCAAAAGGAGAGGGAGGGAGGCCGGCCGGUGAGUCCCACACAGGCUCACAUUCUGCUAGGACAGAAGAGUUUCUGAGGAAGUUUCCUGAUUCUGAUGGCUUCUGAAGGACAUCAGACACCUGGAUUCCAGCAUUAGUACAGGAUUUUGGACCGGGGUCAUUGAGGGUGCUGUAGGGAUUAACCACCAAUGGGCACAAGCCCAAUCCUCAGCCGUCCAGUCAGCCCCAGCACGUUAUCCUCACUCUGUAAAAGUUCACCUUCAAGGGGCAGACCCAGCUCUAGCAAGCGUGCUGGAGGCUGAGCAUUCCUACUGAAUAAGUAUGCAAGCUUCAGUCUUCUGGUAGAAGGAACAAGGCCAGCAGGACAUCAGAAUGACUAAAGUUGUACCCUCCUCCGGGAAACUCCGUUUUAUGAAACUAGAUUGUGAGGAAUUGGCUCCCAACUUUUUUUCUUUACUUUUUAAAAAGCAUUUUCUUCUAAUCUUGUCCAGACUUUCAAAUCAAGUGGAUGUGGUGGAAAGAACCUUCGUACCUGCCCCACUGUGGGGAGACAUUCCAGUCAAGGAGAACAUGCCCAUCCCAUCGGGAUGCUCGGGAUGCUCACUUACAAAUCAAUGUAUGGAUGAGAAGGCUGUGCACAUACAAUAGAUGUGUGUGCACAUGUGUGUGUACGUGUGUUUGUUCCCUCAAGUGUGCUUUGCACUUCAGUGUCAAUGUGCAGAACUUCCAGAAACUGGAAGGAAAAAGAACAACUUUUAUUCUCUAUGAUUCUGCUGAAAACACCACGUGCCGCCUCUGAGCUUUUUCUAGUGUGAUGAGCCUCAGUCCUCAGUGAUGCGCUUGUGUGUUGGAGCCUCAGCCCAGCCUGUCCCCCGCCUGUGGCCCCAGUACCACCUCCACCCAGUGCAAUCUCGGGGAGAGUGAGGCUGGCUCCACUCUGCACAUUAACCUGCGGGGGCUGGCGCCCAAGCCUUGAUCUCCUCACACUCAGCCCUCCCCAACCCAGCCUCAUGACCUGCUGGGCCUCUUCAGAGCAUGUCAUUGUCAGUAAGACAUCUUCAUUCUGUGGAACUCAAACCUAUCCAUGUCAUAUUGACCUUUUGCUGCAUGAGUCAUAAAUUAUGAAAUCAGUCUUAUGGUUUUUGAGAUGUAGCCAGCAUUUUGUAAGGCUAAACCUUUUUCAUGAACUUAAUUGAAUAACCAAACACAGAUCCUCCUUAAAAUGAGAGACGACAGACAAUUGAAUCUCUUGGCCCUUUCUAAUGGCGAUGGCAUCAGGUCCUACAAUAAGCUCAUAAUUUCCUGUUAUUUUAAUAAUGCGGAAAUGUUAGCAUAGUGUUUCUUUUGAUAGUGAUAGACUGAUCCAUAUUUAAAUUUUAUAGAGAAGAAAUUUUAUUGUACUGUGAUGUAGAUAUUUAUUAUCCAGGUAAGGAUUUGCCUGGUGUGUAUUUUUUACAAUUGAAACAUUUUACUUUAAUCUUUAAAAAAAGGAAAAAAAGACAUUAAAAACACACACAUACAAAAAAAGGCUAGGGAAAAAAAGGUUUGGCCUUAUCACAGAAUUUUUACUGUGUUGUAUAAAUGUUUGCAAAUGAAAAAUUACACAUUUCUAGUGUGUUUCCACAUUAAUUAAUGCGCCUUCAGGAGCAAUGUUGUGCAGGUAAACACUGAUUGUGGCUUUCUGUUGCACAGCUCAAGCUGACCCACCUUAUGCACAAGACAAUCAAAUGUGAGUCUUUCCUCUGAGGAUGUGGACGGUACUCAAGAGAUCACACUGAGACAAAGGAAGAGACAUUAGGCAAGCUGGUGCGCUGAUGGGGAGACGUCAGGGCAUGAGUGCACUCGUGUGGCCCAAUGCCACUUCCUCCCUUUGGUUGUUUUUUGUGACCUUGGCAUCUGUCAUUUGACAUCAUAUAGCCAAAGUAGUUCUCCAUGCUUUCUUCAGAGAAGAUGAUUCUUUUUUCCAUAAUGUUUCAUGCCCUGAGAAUCAGGAAAAAAAAAAAAAGGUACAGAAUAGAGAGGUUUACAGUCAGUGGAAGAUUUGUGUUUUGCAAACAGUGUUAAGUGAUACUGCUAGAUUGGUAAUAUUUUUUUCAGCCUAAAAUUGUUGAAAUCUGUGAUCAAAAUGUUUUAAACUAUCCAAAAAGAAAAUUUGUAUAUUUGGGAAAAUGGAUUUUUACAUAGCUUUUGUAUGCAGAUAUUAAAUUGUAAUUAUGAAUAUAGUGG